AAUUUAAUUUUAGGAAAGGGCCCAACAAGCCCAACAGAAGUGACGCGAGGCAUGUUGUCUGUUAACCAGUGUAAUCACAGAGGAUCAGGGCAUGCUGCAACACCUUAAAAACAUCAUCACAGGCAACACGGUGUCUCCUUGGGCCAAGAAACAGGACAGGGUCAUCCUUCUUUUUGAAGAUGAUGAACAAGUGGACAAAGUCAUGCACUUCUUGUCUGAAGUACUCGAACGUACUGAGACAGACAAGAAGUCUGCAGAUCCAGUGGCAUUCGUAAUGGAUGUACUUUUGCCAGAGGCAACAGUAUACGCCCUCGGAGCUGUUCACUCCAUCUCCCUGGACAAAGCCAAGGAGAUGUACAUGCGUGGCACAGAGUUUGACUCAAGCGAGAUAACCCAGCUUGGGGAACAGCUUCAGAGCCACAUUUCCUCAAAAGCGAGGCAGAACCUGGAUAUCUUCCUGAGCAAUUACAAGAAAGCCUUGGAGUCUAAGGAAUUCCUCAGGCGCCUGUAAUCCCUGGGUAGUGAAUGUGUCUGCUGGAUAGUCUGUUGUGUAUAAAAGAAAGAAAAUAUAUCAUUCAACACUUGUAUUCAUUACAUGGAUUUGAAAGUUAUACAACUUCCUGUGCAGAAUCAAGGGUUUCAGUGCAUUUGUUUUACUUUCAUCAAAAGACCUACUGAUGUCCAACUGGCUGGGUUUGAUUCAGAUACCAAUGUUUCACAUAUCUUCCUGGAAAUAGGUAACAUCUCCUUAAUGACAUACUCAGCAGAUCUUGUCUACUUAACUUCUGUCUACCACCACCUGGACCACACCAGCACAGAAUUUAAGGAGGGUUUCUUUCAGGUUAAAAACCUGAUCAAGUAGACUUUUAUUAGUUCUAAUCGUUGUUCUGUCCAGUUGAACAACAUGUCAAACUACAGACUAAUAAGACAUUCAAUAAAUGUAGGCCUAUAUUAAACACACCUUUUUGUAACAUACAGGUUGCCAUGAUGUUGGAAGUUUGCAAAAACAAAUGAAAUUAUUCAAAGUGUGUGUUCAAAGUGGAAUUUGUGAUAUUAUAUUGUAUAAACGUGAUAUUAUAUUGUAU